UCCAUCUCAGUCUUCUGUGGUCUCUUGAAGUUGAUCAGGCCAUCUAUCAUGGGCGGUCCUAAUCAACCUUUCCUCAUUUCCAGCAAUCUCUUAAUCAAAGGAAAGUGCAAUUUAGUCAAUCCUUUGUUGAGCAAAGUCCUAGAACUCCAAGACAAGAAGAGAAGAUGUGCAGCUGAUCAUUCUGGCUUCAGAAAUGGACGCAAUACGAAGAUGAAGAUCAGGUCUCGACCAAGGUUUCUGAUGAUGAGGAGGGCUUGUCUGGAACGUCGAAGACGAGGGCCUGUAGGAACUUCUGGCAAUGGGAUUCAAAGAAAAGUGAGGAUCCUCAAGAAACUAAUACCAAAUAGCGAGUCAAGGGAAAUUGAUGCUCUUUUCCAAGAGGCUGCUGAUUAUGUUUUAGCGUUGCAGAUGAGAGUCAAAGCAAUGCAGAUUAUGGUUAAUCUGUUGUCAGGUUCUGCCGAUCAUCAAGAGCAAAAUUAAUUAUCUGUAUUGUGUGUAAAAGUUUUAGAAGCCGCUGAUAUGUUAAUUCUUUGUUAUUCAAUUUUUUUCUUUCUUUUUUAUUUUUUGUUAUGGUUUAAUUUCUUAGAGUGACUCGAACACAACAGCUGGUUUUAGAAUCGUUGCAUGUGUUUUGAAAUCAUGUUGAUCAUUGCCCUCAUAGAUUGGAGGUGCCACAUUCUAGUGAAAAAUUCCAUGAAAAA